AUGUCGAUACGUUUAUAUUGUCUUAUUGUCAUUGCUGUUUCUUUCAUUCCAAUUGAAGGUAAACCUGUCGUCGAUCCAAAAUUAACUCAACGUAUCAAUCGUUUACUUAAUAUAACUGAAGCUGAAAAAAAAUUUAAUACUGUAUUAGAAGCAUAUAUUACAAGUGAUGCAACUUUUGCAAGUUAUAAAUCGGAAAUCUUAAAAUUAAUCAAUAAUCUUUAUACAUUAGUUGAUAUAAAUGGUUUAAUUGAAUUUUAUUCAUCUCCAUUAGGAAAAAAAUUAAUUGUAAAAGAAGGUCAAGCUGACGUUCGUCUUGCACAAUUAGUUCAAAAUAAAUUUCAAUCACAAAUGCCACAAAUUAUGUUAUCAUUUCAACAAAUGUUCGCUAAUCCCAAUCAAACAAUUCAUUAA